UUGUUGUGAUUAUGUCCCCGUACAAAACAAAAACCCGCGUUUUAAAAAGUAGCAAACGAAAAAUGACUCAAAAAAUGAGAAAUAUGAGACAAAAGAAAAUAGAAAUAAAUUAUGACUCGGAUUUAACUGCAAAUAAUCCUGUUCUGCGAGAGUGUAGUACACCGUAUAAAAUUAUUUUUGAUGACAAUCCUCAACAAGCAUUGAGUAACAUUUCUGAUCUGAAUAUUUCGGAAAUUAAUAAUCAUAUUCUACCACUUGAAAAUGAAAAUUGUAAUUAUAAUGAUACAGCCACUACUAAUUGUCUCGAAGGUCGGAGAAUUGUUGACAUCAAGCAUUUAUUCAAGCAAAUACAAAAUAGUAAACAUGGUAAGUUCGACUGCUCAUUUUUAGAUAUGGAAUUCAAAAACGAAAUUCGUAAAGGUUAUAACUCUGUAUUUUACUUCAAGUGUAAAAUGUGUGGUACUACGUCAUCAUUUACUUCUGAAAACCAAAACGAAAAUAAAUAUUUAGAAAUUAACCAAGCCAUUGUAAAUGGUACAUUAGCGAUUGGUAUAGGAUACACACAACUUAGCGAGUUUAGUGCUUCAGCAGAAAUACCCGCUUUAUCAUCAACAUCAUACAUAAAAAUUUUGAAUAACGUAAGUGAUUCUGUUAAUAAUUCUGCAAUAGAAGAAAUGAAAAGUGCCGGUGAAGAAGAAAGAAGGAUAGCGCUAGAGAGAGGAAAUGUUGAUGACAAAGGAGUACUAUUAUGCACAGUUAUUGCAGAUGGCCAAUGGUCCAAAAGAAGUUACAAAACAAAAUUAAACGCCUUUUCAGGAGCUGCUGCAAUUAUUGGCUUGCAAACCAAAAAAGUCUUAUUUAUUGGUAUAAGAAAUAGAUAUUGUUGUGUUUGCCAAAGAGCUAGAACAAAAAAAGAAGCAGCACCUAGCCAUUUAUGCUUUUUAAACUGGAGUAAAUCUUCAACUUCAAUGGAGUCUGAUGCUAUUGUUGAGGGUUUUUUACAAAGUGUAAAUAUGCAUGGCUUAAAAUAUAAUAAGUUAAUUGGAGAUGGUGAUAGCAGUGUCACAAAAAAAAUUAAUGAAGUAUUGCCAUACGGUAGUAAUUUUCAAAUAAAAAAAAUUGAAUGUCGGAAUCACUUAUUAAGAAAUUACUGCACCAAAAUGAUGGCUUUAACAAAAAGAGCAGAUUAUCCCAUCAAUGUUCGAAAAUGUAUAUCUAACAAUAUUUUGCGUUUCCGUUCUGAUGUAACAAAAGCCAUGGAACAUCAUUUGAACACUAAUUUACCUGUUCAGCAUCAAAUAACAGAACUUAGAAAAGAUAUAGAAAAUAGUUUAUACCACAGACUUGGAUAACACGACAAAUGCGCGGAGUAUUUUUGUUCUGGAUCUAAAGCUGGGGAGAUGAAUCUAGUACCAGACGCAGAAAAAGCAGGAAUGAUGUCCCAAAUGAAAAAUAUAUUGUAUAGACUGUCUGUUAAUGCUGAUAGUUUAAUUGAGAAUGUAGAUAAUAAUCCAUGUGAACAAUUGAAUAGCUUAAUUAAUAAGCAUGUUGGUGGUAAAAGAAUUAAUUUUACUCAGAAAAAUAAUUAUGGUACUAGGGUUGAAGCAGCUGUAAUAGCUUUUAACUCAAAAAAUUAUUUAAGAGCUGUCCAGAAAAAAAUUAACGUUAAUAGUCCAGGUAACUAAAAAUUUUAGUAUAAAAAACUAUAAUAAAUAUCCAAAGAGACUAAUGUUUAUUUACACAAAGAACUGUUUAUAUAAAU